AUCAUAGAUGAACUUUUACAUAGAUCGAUCUAGCUCAUAUGUUAUGAAGUAUAUAUAUAAACCUGUUUCUUUUUCUGUGUGUUACCAAAAAAGCAGGUUCUCUGAAUUUAUAUAAAUAAUUGUUCUCAACUGAUUCUUGUCUUAUGAGAAGUGCUUUUAGGCUGACUGCAUUCCUUUUUUAGCAUUAUAUAGCAUACUUCCCUUUCCUUUCCUUUCCUUUCCUUUCCUUUAUUCUCUCUUUAUUCUUUGUUUGUCUUUUAAUUUUUCUGAUCGAACAAACCCCCUCCCUCGGUCCUCUCCUCUGUUCAUCAACCAUAAUACCAUAUACUUGCUGCGCACAUGGAGGAUCACUGUUCAGAGUUGGAAACCUUGAUGCAGAGAAAGAUGCUGCCUUACAAGGGUAGUGAUUCAAUUCAUAUGUGGGGUGGUAACUUUGAUGAUCACAAUGAAUCUGAUGAUGGUAGAAUUGAAUUCAGAUCAUUACCCUUUUUGGAUAGCCCAAGUUCUACUAGCAGCCUCGAGCCUACUUCUUCAACUUGUAAUUUGUCAAAACAAUUUGGAGAUCAGCUGAGUCAGUGUACAACAUCAUCUGCAUCACAAUCUCAUUCAACCCCUAUUAACCUCCUUUCAAAUUUAACCUUGGAGGUUAAUAAGGUUAUGCAGGAUCCCUCAUUCAGCAUCAGCAGCCCAAGAAUUGGAAGGAGCUCCCAAGAUGCUGUAUUAGCAGAUCCCUUGCUGCAGUGUGGCCAAACUCAUUACUUGCCUGCUGUACAUAAUCAUAAUCAUAAUCAUAAUCAUAAUCAUAAUCAUAAUCAUAAUCAAUGGCUGAGAAUGAGCGAGGAGUUGUCAUCAAAAGUAGUCAGCACUGAGUUUAGGCUCAGUCCUACCAAGACACAGGCAAUGAAGAAGUCAACUGGAAGAAGGCUGCAGACCUUACUUCAGCCUCACAAGAGCUCAUCAUCAUUGUCAUCAUCAUCAUCUUCAUCUUCAUCUUCAUCUUCAUCUUCAUCUUCAUCUUCAUCUUCAGCGGGGAAGUUGUAUAGGGGAGUACGGCAAAGGCACUGGGGAAAGUGGGUGGCAGAGAUCAGAUUACCAAGAAACAGGACAAGGGUGUGGUUGGGUACAUUUGACACAGCUGAAGAGGCUGCAUUUGCUUAUGAUACUGCAGCAUAUAUACUGAGGGGAGAAUAUGCGCAUCUGAAUUUCCCAGAUCAGAAGCAUCUACUUAAGGCUAAUUCCUUAAACGGAAGUACUGCAGCACUCUUAGAAGCAAAGCUCCAAGCAAUAUCACAGCAAGCUGGACUUAAGAAAUCAGGGGAUGUUCUCCCGACUUCAUCCUUUCUAAUGAAUAAUAACUCGGGUGAUCCAAAUUCAAUAAGUGGAGUGAAGAAAGAGUGGCAAUUUGAGUUGGAUGGUAGAGUAAUUGGAACAUCAUCAUCAUCAUCUGAGAUGAUGAUGAUGAUGGAAAGUAGUAACAAGAUGAGAAGCCAUCAAGUUUCAUUUGACCACACUGUUACUGUUGAUGCACAUGCUGUCCAGUUAAGUAGAAUGCCUUCCUUAGAUAUGGAUUCCAUCUGGGAUGCUCUUCUGGUUUCUGAUACCACAUGAACACUUUGCUUUAUUUUGUUUCCAAUUCAUCAUAUUAUUCAUAGUCAAACUCAAACAGGUUAACUCGUUUGAUUUGUAGCAUAAUACGAUUAUUUUUCAUCUUUAAUUUAAUUAUUGUCAACUCCAUCCCAUUUUGAGAAAUGGAAGAAUCAAUUACAUUUUCCGUUUUGUGAUUUGAUACUGUACUUUGUAUUUUUUAACUGGAUGGGUUACUUGUCUAGUCACAUUAGUU